UUAGUAAUGGGUGAUAUCGGACGAGGGAGAGGCUUAUAAUCAAUCUCAAACUCGUUUCACUACUCCAUCGGUAGCUUAAUAAGAUCUACUAUUAUCGCACUCUCGUCGAUUCAUCAUGGGUGUCCUCGAUAUCGUUCCCGCUGGUGUCCUAACUGGAGAUAAUGUUCGCAAGUUGUUCGACUACGCAAAGGAGAACAAGGUACAUUUCUCUCGAUUCACUCAAAAGGGCCUUAGUCAUUCACGAAAUGCUCAUAUCCAGCUCCGCAGAGACAUCAAGGCUCCAAUCAUCCUCCAGGUCUCUCAGGGUGGAAGUGCCUACUUCGCCGGGAAAGGUCUUUCAAAUGACAACCAGCAAGCUUCCAUUCUGGGAGCUAUCGCUGCUGCCCACAUUCGCACAGUCGCGAAGGCCUACGGCGUGCCUGUCGUUCUUCACAGCGACCACUGUGCCCACAAGCUCCUUCAAUGGUUUGAUGGCAUGCUUGCUGCCGAUGAGGCUUAUUUCAAGGAGCACCAAGAGCCCCUUUUCUCUUCACACAUGCUUGACCUGUCCGAGGAGCCAAAAGAAGAGAACAUCGCAACUUGCGUCAAGUACUUCAAGCGCAUGGCACCUAUUGGUAUUUGGCUAGAGAUGGAAAUUGGUAUCACCGGAGGUGAAGAGGACGGUGUUGACAACACUGGUGUCGACAACGCAUCCCUCUACACGCAACCCGAGGACAUCUACGAUGUUCACGCUGCUUUGAGUUCUAUUAGCCCCAACUUCAGCAUUGCUGCUGCGUUCGGUAACGUGCACGGCGUCUACAAACCUGGAAACCACCAAGCUUACAGCAGCCAAAAACUCGGUGGCAAGUCCGAGAAACCUCUCUACCUCGUGUUCCACGGUGGUUCCGGGUCAACCAAGGAGGAGAUCAAGACUGCAGUCGACCAUGGUGUCGUCAAAAUGAACGUUGAUACUGAUACCCAGUUUGCUUAUCUCGCUGGUAUCAGGGACUUUGUUUUCAAGAAAAAAGAUUACCUGCUCACUCAAGUUGGUAACCCCGAGGGCGCAGACAAACCUAACAAGAAGUUCUAUGACCCCCGUGUCUGGGAGGCUUGCAGUGACCUCGGCAACGUUAGUGAGUGUCAAAUUGAGCUUGAUCGUUGAUCGGUCAUUGACGUGAACAUCGCCGUAGACCGCUUGUAAAGAAAGAGCCUGUGAAUGCAUGUAUAACUUCGAAACAGAGUUUCAAGAUGUGUACUUCUGUGAAUGCUCGGAUAAUUAUGACGCCCGAAAGCAGCCUUGUUCUAUUAAUUUAAAUCAUAAACAUGUUGGAUGUUCUGCAGAACUGAAAGGAGACCGUCGUGACUCGUGAACGUAUGAAGAGCUCCAGGUCCUAUCUU